AUGUCGUCGUCAAUAGAUCCGACUAUCGGCCCUAGCUCACAUAUUACUGGCAAGCGCAAACAAGUCUUACGAGACAAGCCCAACCCAAGAGCAAUCAGACGCAAUAUGGGUUUCGGAACAAGGCGCAGAGCAUUGACACCACCACCCGCGAUUGCUGGGCCUAGCGACGAAUCGUCUUCAGAUGAAGGAUACAAUAGCUCUUCCGAGGGAGAAUACGUACAGCCCUUAUCAGUGAGCGGAGGUGAAUCGCCACCUCGACGGCCGUCCAAUCGAGGAUGGAACAUGUUAUGCGGCGAUUUGGAUGGUCGCUUCAAGCAGAUUCUACAUCGGGAAUCAUCGCUUGCUAAACAUGUCGGAAGCGCGGAAUUGACGCGCCAGAUGCUCUGGGGCGAGCCGAGCCAACAGUCCAUCGGAAACGCUACAGAGAAGGCCCGGGAUUCAUUUAGCUUUCAACAACGUUCCCCAAGAGCCUCCGAUACUCCCGAGAUCACCCCCUACCCAGACCGACAGGUGUGUGCCACAAGUCUGGCAGCCACUCAAGAAAGCUCCGAUGAUGGUUUCUCAGCGGUCCCAGGCAACACGGCGGAUCGAGUUGAACAGAAGCUCGACUACCUCAAUAGUCUGCUGGCAAAGCGCGAGCAGAGCAUCUUUACGCAGGAUUUCGUUGCAAGACAGGCGGCGGAUGAAGAAAAAUUGAGGCGGUUAGAGGAAAAGCUUGUGCAGCCGCAACAGGGAUUGGGGUUGUUCCAAGAAGAAGACGAGAAUAACAACAUCCCUCAACCGGCUGCGCGAUCGAGUGUCCCAGCCGUCGAUGGGGGUCCGAUUCAGGAGACCGAGAAUCCAAAAGGCGCAGAAUCAGAGGAGAACAGGAAAUGUGGCUGUCGCUACUCGAAUGCAUGGAAAACAGCUCUGUUUGGACCAAAAGAAUACAAAAUACUUCAAGAGAAGGCUCUCAGCAACGCAACAGGAAAAGCUCCCUUGAGGUGA